AAUUGCAUAACUGAACAGGUGGCGAACAAAGGCUAAUCAACCUUGUCACAAGAAACAAUAAAAAAUAAACAAUGCGAUAAUUAGGUGCCAAUAAUAGACGAAUGAAAGAUGUUGACAUUGAAAAAUUGUAAAGCGAAGCAAUAUGACGGGAUGGCAACUGGCCUUAGUACAAGUGGUACUCAUAAAAAUAACCACACAAUCAAUUGCUGGCGUGACAUACAUGGAUCAUUUCGAUUUCGAGGAGAGAUAUCGUGACGUCUACGAAUGCGAUCCGUUUUACUGGCAUCCACUGCAUCUACCCGAUCACUGCGCCGAAAUGUACGAGAAAUUAAUAAGAACCAAAAUAGCAUCGCGAGCACCUGUCAGGAUCGUCAAGGAAAGAGAUGUUGUGUACAAUCUAAAUUAUCCGUUCAUAAAUGCUGAAAUAAUACCAGAAUAUUCUGCUCUGACGUAUUCUGAACUUACACCGUAUGAAAAGAUGUUUGCGUAUCUAAAAAGGGAUAUAACGAAGCAUCCCAAAGCGCCUACGAUAGAAGUCAUGCCCAAUUUUGGUCCUGUUGCGGUUUACAGGCAACCGAUAUCGAAGAAAAGUGAAGUUAUGAUCAAAAAGAUAGCACAGGCGUACGCUGAUGUACAGCCUGGUCCAGAAUCUGAUGGAUUUUACGGUCAUAUUGAUGUUAAAUCUGGUAACAAAUUAAAUAGUGAUACUAUACACGAAAUAACAACAAAUUCUAAUAGAAACAAACCAAUGAAAAUAACGAAGAAAUUGAAAAAUGGUCACAUUGUUACAAUUAAAAAGAUUAAUUAAUAACUGUUUGUAAAAAAUGUAUAAUGUCUAGGUUUCAGGGCCUGUGCGGUAAUGUAUUCCCGAUGUUGUCUUUGUAUUCAAUCUAUUAUAUUAUGUUUUGUUUUUUUCUCACAAUUUCUAUCGUAGUCAUUGUGCUGACGGUAAAACAAAAUCUCCAACGUGGAAUCCAUCGGAAUUGAUACCACGUUUUUUAUACAUAUCUACCACUAAACAACAAAAUUAUCACGUAUUGUAAAACAUUAUUAAAAGUAUAAUUAGUAAGCAUUAUGGAACCAAUGUUUAUUUCUAACGAAGGUACUGUUGCUAACAAAACUUCCCGACCACCGUAUUCAAUUGUAUAAAAAAAAACUUUUUAUUCAUACAUUGUUAAUUAUUAAGUACCAACCAGCGAUGACGUUGAUUCUUUUGUUUCAUUUACGACGUAAUGAAUUUGAA